AUGUUUUCAUCGGCACGAUUGGACACUUCCAGCGAAGGCAGUAGUGAUUUUUUCUCGCCCAUUUCCGCCUCGUUUUUCAAAACCACUUCUAGCAACAAGGUCUGUGCGAGUAGUCUUUUACCCACUUCCCACGACACAUCCUGGAUCGGGGCCCGUAUGAGUCCAAUACGAUCCUUCGACCAAGAAGAAAUCGAUGAAGACGACGAUGAAUACCGUGAGGCUACUUCACGAUACCAGCUUGCCCUGCACCAGAGCCUGAUGGCCUCCGCUUCCGUCGCCAAUGAAAGGACUACACUACUGUCGAAGCCAUCGACUUCUCAACUCUUUGUGAAAAAUCACAAUUCCAUUAACCCUUCGACAGCGAUUCAUCCGCUUUGGAGUCCAGCUCGAAAUGGUCCAGAAAAUACUAUCUUGCUAGAUGCACAAUCCAGAGGUGGCGAACCAAGAUGUUCGUGGGAGAAUGGUCGUACGCGACAUGUAGGAAUACUCUUGUGUCUAUUUUCAGGAUUGCACUGGGUUAUAAGUUUGGUUAUUUCUUUGUCACAAGGGCGGAUGGGUAUCAACUGGGGGUAUCACCAAUCCGACUUGAUUUCUUCGGGGCUUUCAGGGACUUGGAAAACUGCUUGGGUGAGCCCACAGGUUCUCUUUACAUAUGGAGGUGCAAUAACUACCACAAGACGAAUUCUUUCGCUAUCGGACUGCUGGAGAAUACCACUCUCAUGGACUUGUGCCACGAGCCUUUGGGAAUGGUUCUUCGGUGUUUGUGCUUGGAUUCUGAUCGGUAAUAGUACUGGGCAAGGGAUAUUACCACACUGGUCCACACACAUUGGGGUCUUUGUCGCUUCUGCAGUAUGCGGUCAGUUAUCAUUCGUUGCAUGGCAAUUUGCUAAUCCGUAUUUGCUGGUGGGAUGUCUUUUAUGGGGAACAGUGGGCGUGCUAACACACCAAGCAAGCCUUCAGCAACAACCUCAACUUUUCGGUAUGGCAGCGUUCUUGGUGUUUUGGUCAUGGGUGGUACAGCCGUACAAUUCAGUAUGGGGCAUGACGUUAGCGGCCUUUUGGGGAUGGGCUCUGGCGGAGAGUGAAAAACCGUCGAAAAAGAAUUUGUGGGAGGGUUGCACAACGAAAGGGGGCAUUGCAACGGCGUUUUGUAUCUCCUUAAUUGUUGCACCUGUUCUGUACAUUGCGUUCACGGAUAAGUGA